AGAAAGUCGGUCGACUUUUUGCGCACUUGCAUCAACUCACGAUGACCGGCGAUGCACCUCCACCAAAGGCCUCGGCCUCGCCGACGAGGACCUCCACUGAUUCCGCCCCAUCGGAUCCUGCACCACCCGCCGAGUCGGAUUCGAAGGAUGACGCUGCUUCAUUGCCAGUUCCCGAAGCAAUCGAUAUGGAAGCGUUCAGUCAGAUACUCGAAUUGGACGAGGAAGGCUCGCACGACUUUUCGAAGGAGAUGGUCACAGCGUAUUUCUCCCAGGCAACAACGACAUUCGUGGACAUGGACAAAGCACUUGCCGAUGAGAAUCUACCAGAGCUAUCGUCAUUAGGCCACUUUCUCAAAGGUUCCUCCGCUGCUCUGGGGAUCCACCAUGUGCAGGCAUCGUGCGAGAAGAUGCAACACUACGGAGAGCUCCGCGAUGAAAUAGCAGGGAUCGAUCUCAAGUCCGACGAAGCGCUUGCGCGGAUACGGGUGCUCCUACCAGCUACCAAAGCCGAGUACGCGGACGCGCGGCGGUGGCUCAAGAAAUGGUACGAUGACCAAAGCGAUCCCCUGACAGACGUGGAUGACGACGACGACGAUGACGACAAGGGAAAGCCGGAAACCAAAGCGCCAUAAAUUACACAUCGUCUCGCGCACACCAUUCCCUGUGAUGGUAGCCGGUGCUCACAUGCGCGCUAUCUAUUGCCCAUGUCACGCCAAAAGCCGAGAGAUCACUCUGUACUAGCUCACACACACGAAACAAACCUGCAACAACCUGCAGCAAGUGUUGAUCCACUGAGUCUCCCUUCUGAUGCCUGCUGCACGCCUGCUGGGGCCCUGUAAUGGAUCUUGUACAAUUACAAUCAGACCUUCAUAUCUUCUUAUCAGCUAUAAUGAACUGAUGUAUCGGUCCGGAUGCACUUUCAUUGAUACAAUCAGACUUGGGCCUGGGUCACGACUCUCCAUCAGCCCCCAUGCACUCAAGAUCCACGUGUCUUGUUUCUCACAAUCUAUCCUCGCUGCCCAGUGACUCGAAAUCUGGGUUCAACUGCGAUGAUUUCCUCGUGGCUGAUAGUGGGCACAUACCCAAUGACUCCCUUCCAUCCACGCGCCUUUUUUCCCACAAUAGAUCUCCUCUGCGACCCGGUGACUCGAGAUCUGGGGGCUCAACUGCAAUGAUUUCCUCAUGGCUGAUAGUGUGUACACAUGAGAUGUCGAAAUAGCUGACUUCUCCUUGAUGCUGUUCAGUGUUCACGAUUUGAGGUCAUUCUGCCAAGUACCUUUCUGUCAUGAAACCCAUUUGCGAGACAGUGAGAUGAUAAAUCUUGGACCAAACUGUAGUCCGAGCUCAAACGUCGAACGUCGAACGCUGAGGUGUGGUCCAGACUCGGAUAUACGAGUCCAUUUUGGUCAUCCGGUUGGGGGGCAGAAGAAUGUUUCACUUCAGGUUUUAGGUAGAUUACCGCCGCGUCCUAAUGAGGAACAGCCGGGGUCUGUACCACAUACGUGCGUCACGUGUGCGCUGCGGGUAUCCAGCGACCUUCAUUCCACUCCUUGACUCUGAGCACCAACCGUCCCAAACUAACAUCGACUCGUACGUAGUACAAUGUAGUGGCUCCAAAUGCGUAAAAUACUAUAAGCGACCGCGAUCUUGAUCGACCGUCACGCCUUCGGGCUCCAUAAAUAACCCUGAGCUGAGAGUUCUCAGCUCCCAGUGUCCCCGUCCAUCGCAGCGAUAUCCCAAGCCAUGGCUGCCUAUUCGUCCCCACCACCAUCAUCUCCGAAGGAGCCAUCUGCUACUUCGAGCAACAGCCCCAUCGACGACGAGACAUUUCAGCAAUUCUGGAGCUCGAUGACGACGGGUGUCACACCUACUCCCGGGACAUGUUCGCUCUUACUUUGUGCAGGCUCCGGAGGCUUUUUCUGUGAUGAAGACUGCACUAGCAGACAAGGACAUGGAACUUGUGGCAGACCGUGCACAUUUCAUCGCCGGAUCGUCUGCAACACUCGGGAUCGUUGG